AUGUCGUAUGAAGAUGAAACAGACCUGUUGGAGGCAGCAUGCAAUGACAUGGUCUCUGGACAAUUGAUUCGCGCAGAUUUACUGUCUCUUUUUGAAGCCAUGACUGCCAUCCAGAUUAUGGAUCCAAAAAUGGAUAUGGGGCUCGACAUUCCAUCUGCGGAAGAACGUGGAAAGCUAGAUGAAGACUCGAUGCAACGGAAAGAACUGAGUCUGCAAGAUGUUUUGAGUAUUAUUGACGAAUUGUAUGCUCAAGAGAUGUCUUGGCUUUCGGGAACAGCACUCCCAUUAUCACUCUUCACAUGUGUAUAUCUUCACAAACCAUUCCUCAUUCCAAACGAGACUUUACGUGUCUAUCUAAUGGCCCUCCUCAAAUCCGUUGCUCAAAUGAGGAAUCUGAUAUCAUUGACUCGUAUUACCAAUGAAGAAGAUUUGACAUACGACACAUUCGGAUUUGAUAUCUUUGAAGAUUCACCAGAUUUAGAAGUAGUGUCGAGUCUUCAAAAGUUAGAAGAUGAUUUACAAAAUCAUAUUAGAGAGUCUAAACAGACCGAGUCUGGAGAACACGACGUAAUAUAUCUGGAAGCCCUACAGAGUCGUAUACGGCAUCGCUGUAAUAUCAUGGCUAAUGAAUACGCUCAGAAAGAAGCCACCACUCAUAAAGAAGAAUUUGAUGCAUUCGACCAUGAAAUAAAUCGUAGUCUCUUUCAACAAGCACCACCACGCCCAAUCGCUCCUCCUUCAAGAGCCGAUGCAGUAAACAAUCUGAUGGCUGUGUUGCAACAAUGUCAAGUUAUUGCCCAUCUUCAUGGGUUACUUGAGACGGUUAAGUCUGAUUCAGCGGGCACUCUACAGAAUGCUUUACAGUAUGUGACAUGCAUGAGGCCUCAACCUAACGUCUUGCCGCGGUCAUUUGCAAAGUACCUAUUUUGUGCUGAAGAAUCUUUUCGACCUCUUGUCAUGAUUCGUGAAUCCGUCAUAAGUAGUAGUAAACCAUUAUCUUUUGAACCUUCUGCGACACCAGCUGAAGCUGAUGUGAUUUCAAGGUACAUGAACCUGUGCUGCCAGAUAUAUGAAGAGACACUACAAUGCAGCUUGAAAAACACUUCAAGAAUGCGUCGAAAACUAGCUCACUUGAUUCCAGAAUGGGAGAGAACUCAAGCUGAAUCCGAACUGCUUGAUGUAGAGCUACACAAGCUGCGUGGAGUUGCUGUUGAUGAUGAGGGGGGAACUGGUAUAUCACCUUCUGAACCAUAUCAUUUGUCGUCUUGGGUGUUUGAGCGCAAGUUGGAUGUCAUGAUUAUGUAUUUGAGUUUGGGAUUUCAGUUAGAGCUGUAUCGACAUCGGGAGUUGAUUUAUAUCUUCUGGCAUCUUUAUUACUUUUAUGAUACCUUGACGCAUCAUUUGGAUCGAACAAAGAAGGUCGCUGAGCUGUUAUCUGUGCCGGCAAUCACCUCGAAAAAAGAGAAGAAGGGCCCGAAACCCAAACCAAAACUGCCUGACCGUCAUGCCAGUCGUGUAAGAACACGAACACUAGCCUUUGCCAAACAGAAUCUCUUCAAGGCCUACUUUGAGAUUGCAUUAGCCAUGAUGAAACAUCAAAAGAUGAAAGUUGACAAGGAGAUUUACAAUGAUGUUGUAUAUUUUACACGUCGAUUUGAAGUCUUUUCGCAAUUGGGUAGUCCGGUGCCGUUACAGUACAGUCAGUUUUCUAGUCUGACGUCUCGAGACGAUAUAUCGCCCUUCGACCUUCUAAGUGGGGCAUCAAGUGUUUUGAUGCUUGUAUCUCGUAUUGUAGAACAAUUGAGUCAAUCGACAGCCAAGACAACUGCUGAUGGAUCAUCAUUGCCUGAGAGCUUGAGUGAUUCUUAUCUAGAAGCGAAGGAACUACAAAAAAUCAUGGCAGUUGUGAAGACCACGACCAGUAGUCUUGAGCAACUGACCAGAACACUUGACUCUAUACCUCAAAGCAGCCGCAAUUUCCCAUGUGAAUUCAAGCUUGAUUCACAUCCACUGCUUCCAACAUUACAUCUGACGCUUGUUGUAAACGAACAAAAGAUCGCUUCGGAUUUGAAUUGUACAUAA